CUUGAGUGGCUCUGGGCUCUGUGUCAGCCCUAGGGAAGACUGGAAUGUGCAGGCCUUGGAGGUCACCGAGGCUGGCCAGGAACUGCUUAGGGGAAGUGGGCUACUCAGGGUGUUCUCAGAGAUGGGGAGCUGCUGGGCCCCGCUGCUCUUGGCCCCAGGUGCCGUGACACUGGUGAGGGUGUGGCUGCAGGCUUUGGCCUUCAGUACAAACCUGGCCCAGGAGAAUCUGGAAGAGGUGCCGGUGCAGCCGGACUUUGACGCACAUAAGGUGGAAGGACGUUGGUUUACCAUCCAGCUGGCCACUAGCCUCAGGGACCUGGUCUUGCCAACGGACCCCCUGAGACUUUCUCUCCACUCCAUUUGGACCAGAGACAGUGGGGAUGUGGACUUCGUGCUGUUUGAGAAAGGAGAGGGGUUGUGCACAGGAUUUAAUGUUACCGUCCAUCCAACUGGGCUCCAAGGCCAGUACCAAGGAACCUUUGAUGGGGGCAGACUGCACAUCCAUUUUGUCAGCACUGACUACGACACCCUCAUUCUUUAUGUACGUGUUCAGGACAAUGAAGUUGUCAACCUGUGGGCACUUCUGGCGAGAAGAAUUCUUGAAGAUCCCAUGUGGCUGAGCAAAUACCUGGGAUUUGUAGAGAAAUUCUACCUUCAAAAGUCCCUCGUCUUCAACAUAGCUGACCAGUGUCCCCCAGCUAGGGCCUAGAUGAGGCCACUGCUUGAGACUUUCACAUGAGCCCCUCCACCUUCUGCUGCUUCAGCUUCCUUCUAUUUUCUCACCAUGGCCAGCAGCUCAGGAAGCCCCUCUCUCACUCCUAGGGGCCUGGAGCCCUGAGCCUGGAGCUGACCCCUGCUGCCUCUGCCUUUCCUCACCCAUUUUCUCUCUGUGGUAAUCAAUGCCAUCAAACACAAAAAUAGACACUCAAGGCUCCCAGCCUGGCCUACGACUGAAGGAACGUUCUGAAGGCUUAUGAGCUAUGAACUUGAAAGAAGGUGAGCAAACCUAUGUGUUCAGAAAAUGUCCCAUUCUUGUACACGAAAAUGUUUUUUGAGGGAUGAGGAGUGGCCCAAGGGCAAGAUACUUGCCUAGCACACUCAAGACCAUCUUUGGUAGCAAGUAAAAAGAGUUAUCUGAAUAUGUAGAGACGUGACAUUUCCAUGUAUCCUUCAAUGUUUCAGGAAGCAUGACCCUCUCUCUGUAAUAAAUAAAGUAGAGUAAUAAAACUGA